GUGGGGUAUUUUUCACGUUCAAUUUUUCAAUCAAAUUUUUUUGUUGGGACCUAGUUGGAUUCGUGAUUUAGCACAACUUGAGAAAGCGGAUCUGACAGUACAGUGGAAGAUCCUGUAAAGAAAUUUCAUUUGAUGAUAAAUCCAAUCAAAGCACUUAUUUUAUCUUCUAAAAACUUUUUAAUGUUUAAGCCUCGUGUAAAUGUGAAACGUACUUACGUAGCCAGACUUUGUUUUGUAGCUUAGGUGCUAGUUUUAGCUAUAUAGCUAGCUAAGUGAAAGAUUCGCUGUACGUACAAAUUUAGCCACUAUUUCUGUGAGAACUGUUCUGUUGAACCUGCCUAGAGCCGUAUUAUAAAAGCUGGAUUGACUCAUUUGUGGCUCACCACAUGCUCGGCUUGAUUAAAUUAAUCAGCUUAGCAGAAUAGUAACUACAGAUCACUAUUAGAAAAUUUUUGACAUUAUAUGAAGCGAGUCAACCCUCUUAAGGCAAGCCCAUUUUCCAACUCAGGAUGAGUUGAUUCAGUGGUUUGAAUCGAGUCAUUUAAUAUUACUUUGUCGAGCCAUUGCCAAGUUGAAAAAGCAAAACCAUGCGCUUUACAAGCUAAAACAAAAGAGAAAAAUCAUUUUAAUAUUUUACAUGCGUCAGUAUUUUCUGUAUCGAGUGAUUUCGUUGAAGCAAAAGCCAAAAAAGGGGAAGCCGUGGAUUUCAAAUAGCAAAGCCUUGGUAAAUUACUCAUGGACAAUUUUUGUUUUUAUUUUGCUGGUUUGUUUGCUCCUUGGAUCUGUCAUUUCUUCAAAAGAAAUAAGUACAUUUUUUUCAACUGGAGAGCAGUAGCUAGAUCAUGUCUUGGAUUGACUUCCUCAUCAAAUAUGAUUUUUUUUAAAACAAGUCGAUCUGCCAACUGAGCCAACACUUAGGCAACCUGUCUCGUUUAGUCAGUCUCUUAGUAAUCAUGCAAAAAGGUCAAAUAAAAGAGAACCAUAAGAACGUUAGCUAGCUACUGUCACGUCAUAAGUUCUUUCCUCAGCUCCAGUUAGCAGGGUUAAAAAAAACAACGAGACCCCUUCCGUCAUGUUAGCUGGCAGACCAGCUCCUUUAACCUGGCUGAUGGGCCAUGUGUGGCUCUUAAGGCUGGCUAGGUAAAGAAUGAUCAAAUGCUAACAGUAUAUGUUGUUAAAACAGAGAGCCGAGUUAUGUUUUUGGUAGAUAUAUAGCCCUUUUAUAUCUGCUUUAAAUUCAGUCAUGACAUAAUCAAAUGCGAGCAUACUUAGAUUCUUCGCCUCUCUGCCGCUAUGUUUGUUUACAUUUCAAUGCUAAACCUUUCGCGAAAAAACAUAGAUCUCUAAUAAUACACCAAUCAGAAUCCAUCACGUGACUAGGCGGUUCCAGAGCUACUUUCGAGGCUUAUUUCACAAAGCUGUUGGGUUGAGAAUGCAUUUAAAGCUCUAAUUUGAGCUAUGGAAGGCGUACAAGCUACCGCUCAAACUAGGCGACCGAUCAAGAUAACAAUCCCAUUCUAACGCUGGACGCCAAAUUUUGCCUCAGUGAAUAAUGUUUUGUACGAACUAAUACUCACUGACUUUUUUUACCGACUAAGUAUUUAGUUUAUUUAGUUUUUCUUCUGAGAAUUUUUUUCGUUGAGUAUAUUAAAAUGCCUCAAACACAAGAGGAUACAAAGGUUGUGUAUUACCACAGAAAUCACCGCAAUGUGUACGUAAAAAGUGACUAAAUUUUGUGCAACUGACUAUAAUACUUUGGACGGCUAAAAGUUCAAACGGUCUUCUUUUCAAUCAACUAAUUUCAAUUAAAUUUAUGUUUUCAUAACCGUUUCCGUUCCUGUCAAUAAAGUGGGUUCAAAUGAAAUUAUUUUUUUCACAAACAAAAGUUUUUGGGCAACUAUGCACAGAACAGCUAAUCUCGUUCCCAGGACAUUGUCUCUCAUAGACGCUGCGUUUAUUGAUAGGUCUGCAUAAAGAGACAACAGGUCCUGGGAUCGAGGUUGUUUAUCUAGCUAUGGGUGUUACAGUUUUGUGUUUUUUCUUUUCGCAGCAAUUGUUUAAAAACACACAAAAAAUGUUCCGUGUAUGGGCAGCAGUAAAUCGUAAGCAGACAGCUCAAUUCAACAGCUGGAUUUGUAACCAGGUAGACGAAUUCACACUCGGGCAACUGAAUUCGUCACCGGGCAGCUAAAUAUGUAACUAGACUGCUAACUUCGUAUUCGGGAAGCUCAAUUUAUGCCCGGGAAGCUCAAUUUGUAACCGGAAGGCAGAACUCGUAACCUCGUAGCUAAAUUUGCACGUUCUGAAAACGUGAUCGUUGUAGCGUCUUUGUUUAGAUUAGAGAAAUUUACUCUUAAAUUCAUUUCGUUGCCGUAUGUUUUGAAAUUAUUUGAGCACCAGUGUGAGACGAUAUGAUAUAAUACUAAAUAAUUAGGAUUUAUUGAAAAAGAUUAUUAAAUUUUUAACUGAUCUAACCCACCAACAUUUAUUUAAUUAUACUGAGCAUAAAAUUAUGCAUUGGCGAAUAAACCCACUACAAACGGGGGUAAAAAACGAAAAGCUAGAUAAUCCUUAAUCGAAGCAGAAAAGGUUUUUUACGACCGACUUUUUAAAAGUCACGCAAGAAUGGCCUUAUACUUUGGUUCAUAUAAUUCACCUUCUUUGUGAAAAUACAUUGUUAUUUUAAGCAUAAUUUAUUUCCUUUAAUAAAGAGAUAUAUCCCCCCGUCUUAAGGUGUUAAAAAAACUUCUUUUUAUAAUCGUGCUCAACGGUGCGUUACGACGCGAAACUGUGAAAGUUUCAUUUAAACACCAUCUUUAAACUGACAUAAACUGUACAAAUUUAAAUUUAACCCUCCAUAAACACAACAUCUCCUAAAUUUUAUAUUCCAACACUUUAAAAAAUAAAAUUAAACCCGACAGAGGGAGGUUUAUUAAAGAGUUCUUGCAGUAUACAGCGUGGUUUAUUAAUUUUAAAAAAGUUAACAUUGAAUGGCCAUUGAGUUACUAAGCAAUUAACCUAAUUAAAACGCACCUGUCUUUAAUUCAGAGCUUCGAAUUCAUCAUACGGCUGUGUUCGAUCGAAUUUCUACAAGUCGCACGUGAAAUCGAAAUGGUGCAGAAACAUAUUAACGAAAUUAUAAUUUAACAACAAGUAUAUGUAUUAAAAAUGUCGCAAGAGUGAGAUGUUGUCUUAUUGGUAAUAACUAUCUAACUAAUCAAGGCUUACCAAAGAAGAAAUUUUCAACGCCAUAGCAGAGUGACGAUUUUCGAAAAGUAUCAAGCAAAAUGCUCCUGUGGAUUUAAUGUUGAAAAACGUUUUAAGGAACAAAAACUUACCUUCUGUAUUUUAUGCUCUUUCAGGGCUUUACUGUGCAUAACUUAGUGAAAUUGGGAGUCAUUUAAAAGUUUUAAAAAGAUGGGAGAUGAAGAUCCACAAUAUGAUUCGUAUGAAGAAUCAGAAAGUCUUGGUCCGGCCAUACUCUAUCCAAUUAUCGCCUCGGUUUUCUCAGCUUUCUGUAUAAUUUCAAUUGCUGCAUUUUUGUUAUCAAGCCGAAAGUGCUGUAAACAGAGAAGAUACGACGAUCCGGAGUCUGCAUUAUUAAAAGAAAGACUACUAAAGGAACAAAAGCGAAUGUCAGGAUACAAAUUUAAAUUCCCAUUUGGAGAACGUCCCUUAUUUUCAUCUGUUAUGCAGCAAGAACAGAAUGACAUUGCUGAAGAAGUGAAAGAGAGCUAUAAGUCAAUUUCAACAAAUGUUAACAAGCCAAUCAUAUGUUGUCCGAAUAAAAAAACUUCGUACGUCUACAAUCCUAAGGAGUUAGGAUCAAGUUCAAAACAUUCUCUUAAAGAAACACAUUGUAUGAGCAAUCAAAAGACUCCUCGUCAUAUCAGUAUAGAGAAGGAUUCGAAUGUUAAACGUUUAAAUUCGCCAUACAAAUGCACCGAAAAUGAGUUCAUAGACAGUUUAGAAAAGAAAUUGUCGCGUAGCAAUAAAAAACAAAAAACGAGGUCUUCGGAAAAGAAGGCAAAAAAGAAAUUUUUUACUGAAUCAGAAAUUGAAAAUACUGAAGACUUGAAAUCAUUGUUUUUCAACAAAUGGAUCAGACACACAGAUUCGGGCAAGCCACCUGAUUUAAAUAGUGAAUUACACUCGUAUCAUUUUAAGCAUGAUUCUAGUUGCGAUGAUGUUGAAUCUGUGUUGACGUCGAUAUCAAGAAUGGAUUCAUGCCGAAUGCAGAAAUUGAGAGAUUCAAAAUUUUACCAAAAACUAAUUUCACAAAUGGAUACAAUUAGUGCAGUAGAUUCUCCUUUCGAGGAAGACAACAUGGAACCUGAAAUUAUAAACGAAAUUAUUGUUACUAAAACAGGAAAACAUCAAACUAAUCAGAAUUUAAGUCAUGACGAGAUCAUGCAAGUUGCAAUUGCCGAUGGAAACGUUGCUGAAGAAUGUAAUCCCAAUGACAAAAUUUGGAUUAGUUCAAAGAAUUAUGAAACGCAGAAUGUGGAAAGUGUUUACACUUCAACAAAUCUUGAAAAUAAAGAUAAUAUUCCAACAGCAAAGGAACUUACAGAUCGAAAAAUCAUUCAGCAUAUAAUAAAAUCAAAUAGGAAUGCCACACAUACUAGAGGAAAUCUUGAUGAACGAAGUGGUAGUCUUUUUAAGAUUGUCAGGCCAUAUAUUUCUGAUGGGUCGUUAAGUGAAUCUAAACAAACACCAAGUGACCUAUUCAAAUCAACACGAGAUGAUAAUGAACUUCAGGAAAGUGAUAUUACCAAAUCUCAAAUAAUACAGAAAAUGAUACAAGUGAAAAAUCGCAAGAAAUCAUACCUCGAAGUAACACAUUCUGAUUCUGAAAUCGAAUCUUCUACGAAAUCAAAAUUUGCGCCUCAUCCUACUUUGAUGAGGCCAAAAAGUUUAGACUUAAAAAGAAAGAACACGGACCUUAAAAUCGAAGUUCAUUUCGACAGUGCGAAUUCGAAAAAGCUGCCAAAGAAAAGUGCGAAUGUCUCCAUCGACGAAUACUCAAGUUCUUGUUCAUCCAGAUCUUCUUCUGUAACUACAUGGCAAGAGAUUGAUGAGAAUAUGAAGAAUGAACAAGACAAAUCACACACUCACAACAAGUCUUUAUACAAAACAACAGAACAAGAGAACUCGUUUUGGAGUCACACAGGCAUCUCAUCAUCACAUUUUUCGACACUUUCAACAGUUACUUCAAUAGGAGACCGUUCCAACACAGAAAGGCAACGUUAUCGUACACCAAAAAGUGGCAGACACACAGAUAAUAGAAAAGCUUCCGGAGAUUACUCCAGGUCCGGAUCACAUCGUUCAAGACACCGGUCUAGCCCGUAUGGCAGCUACAGUGGAUCACAUCUCAACUCGUCUUUUACUUCUGAUGAAUCAACGCAUAGUAAAAGCGCAAGACAUUCUUUUAAUUCAUACCUGUCAUCAAAUGUGACUCCUAAACGAAACAAAAAGAAAAGUAAUACAGAAGUGAGCGGCAUAUUUUGGAAACCUCAGCAAACAAGUUCAGGUUACUCAUAGUAUUCACAUUCCUGAUGAGUGAAAUCAUGUAGUUAAGUUGGGCUAUCCUUCUGGAAUAACCAUCACGCAUGUCAUCAUAUACCAGGUAUACAUCUGUAAAUUAAAUACACACAGAACAUAUAAACACAUCUAAAAUUG